GUAGACUUCUGCCCUGUAUAAAAACGUAAACAUCACACUUGUGAAUGUGUCUGCUGUAAAUUAUCUUAAUAUCAAUUGGAAUUAACUGCAAAUUUUACCACAUUUUAGUUAUUCACGGGGACUGUUUUUCUUUUAUUGACAGUAAUUCUUACCCUGUUAAGCAACAGCCGGAAAAUACAUCAGAAGAUGAAAGUUAGGCGAUGCAUAACCAGACUGAAACGAAGAAAAGGCAUUUUUAUAGCUUUCGUGUUGUUUUUGGUUUUGACAAUCAAGUUAUUAAAUUUCUUUGUUUUCGGCAACGAGAAAAUGGAGGUUUUAUUGUACCGCAUGAUAAAAUCAUACAAAGACAAAGGAUUAAUUCGAUACGAAACAACGCAAUCCUUGUGCCAGGAUCAUGAUAAUACACCUCUUAAAUUGCUCAUUAUGAUAUCAAGCAGGAUUACACAUUUUCAUAGAAGAACAGCCUUAAGAAAGUCUUGGAUUUCCUUGUUCAGCUCAAAUGAUACCAUACGUUAUUCUUUCGUUAUCGGACGGAGUGAAUCAACAGUUUAUAAUGAUGCUGCAAAUACAGAAAGAAAUGUCUUUAAUGAUAUCAUACUACUUGAUUUAGAAGACACAGACGACAGCGAAGCUAGCAAAACCAUAGGUAUUUUGAAUUGGACACAUAAGAAUUGUGCAAAAGUGCAAUAUUUACUGAAGAUUAAUGACGACACCUUUCUAAAUAUUUAUACAUUAAAUAAGUAUCUUAAGCGCAACAAACAGGAAAAUGCAAUAAUUGGAUGCAAAACGGACGGAUCAGAAAAUGAACAUUUUCUUCAAAAAUAUUUAUUUAGACAUUUGUAUUUCUCCACAACUGUUCAAAACGUACACCCCGUCUAUAUCAAGAGUUCGGCAUAUCUUAUCACUGGAGACAUUAUUUCGAAAUUGUAUAUGGCAACAAACCAUGUUCAACAUUUUUGUUCAGAGGAUAAAUAUAUCACAGGGUUGUGUCGGGAAUACAUAAAGGCUGAGGCUGUCGGACAUUCGGGUUUUAGCUGCGGGUACCGUGAUAAAGGACCGUGUGGUUCAAAUUUCCGGUACGCUAUAACCGGAAAUCAGUACUACCCGGAUGAACUUGUCCGGAUGUGGAAAGAACUAAACAACAGAUGGUCAGACUGUCGUUUGAUUGAUAACUACUGGAUCUCGAUUGCUUUCGAUACAGUAAAAAAAUACAUGUUUUGACUAUUUUAUUUUCACUUUUAAACAAGUAUUCUGAGACUAUUGCAUAAGCAAUAAUGUACAUGUCCCCUACCGGGAUCCCCUUUUUUCUUUAAGGUGUCAUCUUAUCAGAUCCUUUGAAAGUGCCCCCAAAAAUAUGGCCAUUUCGGUAAUUGUCUGAUGUCAGUACUGGAUUUUCCAAGGCGUGUUGGUCAAGUCGUUCAAUACAAUUCGUGUGAUAACUUGAUCUUGGAAACUUCAUUCUAUCUUAACUAUUACUUUGAGAGCAUGGGGAUUCAUGGAAACAUGCUAAUCACACAAACAAGUCCAAGCAUGGGACCUACAUGUAAUAAUAAUAAUUAUUAUUAUAAUACACUACAUUUGAUCAUUCUCUUGUGCAUCAUUCAUGGAUGCCCUGCAUACAAUGUAACAGCAGGAAUGAAGCUGAUCGGGUUAAAACUUGUCGAACAUCCUUAUCAAAUUAAUAGAUGAUUAUUUUCAAUGCAUACAAAGUCUCUCUACCUUUAGAAUUAAACAAAUUCCUGACAUUGCAGACAUUUGAUUUAUUCAAAGUCAAAAUAUCCAAGAGAAUGA